AUGACGGCAAUGAAGAACCUCGCGCGCUCAAUUUUCUGGUACCCAGGGCUAGACGGUGAAAUUGAAAGGCUUGCAAAACGGUGCCCCCAAUGCGUGCAGUGUUUGCCCAUGCCCCCAGCGCAGGUCCCGGCAAACUGGCCAAAGAACAACAGACGGUGGUACCGCCUACACGUGGAUUUUGCUGGUCCCGUGGAAGGGCAUAUGAUCUUCGUCCUCGUCGACGCCGAGACUAAGUGGUUCGAAGCAGUGCCCUUGGAGACGGCGACAGCAGCGACUACGGUAGACACACUUAGGUGCAUUUUCGCGCGAUUUGGCAUACCACGGACUGUCGUGUCGGAUAAUGGUCCGCAGUUCACCAGUGCAGAGACAGCGCGGUUCUUCCGGGAAAAUGGGGUGCGCCACGUAACGACGGCCCCAUACUACCCGCAAUCCAACGGUUUGGCGGAACGGGCAGUACGCACCAUCAAGGAGGGCCUGAAGAAAAAUCGGGUGGGAACGCUGCAAAGUCGGCUUGCCAAAUUUUUGUUGCGUUACAGGACAACACCGACCCGAGAGGAGCAGUCGCCCGCGGAAAGGCUUUUUGGAUUCCAACCACGGACCCGCCUGAGCACCUACCUGGCAGAGGAAGACGGGGCGAAGAGGGAGGCUACCGCCAACGGAGUUCCGAACUCUGGAAAGAAAGAGUUUGCACCAGGAAGGGAGGUGUGGAGUCGAUAG